CUCGGGCCGGCGUCGCGCUUCCGCGUCACGUGGCGGGGGCGCGGGGCGGCUUCGGAGGGCGCCAUGUUGUGCGGCCCCGCGGCGGGCCGGGGAUGGCGGGGGCCGGCAGCAACUGGCUGUCCGGGGUCAACGUGGUGCUGGUGAUGGCCUACGGCAGCCUGGUCUUCGUGCUGCUGUUCAUCUUUGUGAAACGUCAGAUCAUGCGCUUUGCCAUGAAGUCCCGGCGCGGCCCGCACGUCCCUGUUGGGCAGCACGCGCCCAAGGAUUUAAAGGAAGAGAUCGACAUCAGGCUGUCGAGGGUGCAGGACAUCAAGUAUGAGCCCCAGCUGUUAGCUGAGGAUGACAGCAGACUCCUGCAGCUGGAGACGCAAGGCUGCUAUAAUUACCUGUACAGGAUGAAGGCGCUGGAUGCGAUUCGGACAUCAGAAAUCCCGUUUCAGGCAGAGGGCAGAUACCCAAAAUCUUUAAUAGGGAAGAACUUCUGUGCCUAUCUGCUGGAACUGAGGAACUCCAGCAGCUCCUUCAAAGGCAUCCGCAAGGCCUUGAUCGACGCUUUGCUGGACGGGUAUGAGAACGCCCGCUAUGGCACCGGGGUCUUUGGGAAGCCGGAAUAUCUGAAGUACCAGGAUGCUUUGAACGAGCUGGCAAACAUGACCAAGGCACGGGCAGGGAGCAGCCAGAGGCAGCACCAGUCGGCAGCCAAGGACCUCACUCUGUCCCCCGAAGUAUCCAACCCUGCCACCAUCCAGGUCACCUACCUGCCUUCCAGCCAGAAGAGCAAACGUGCCAAACACUUCCUGGAGCUGAAGAGCUUCAAGGACAACUACAACACGCUGGAGAGCACGCUGUGAGCAGGGACCUUCCGUGAGCCCCGUGCUGGGCACAGCAAACCCAGGGGGGGUUUUGUGCUGGGAUGAAGCAGUCGUGCUCUCGCUGUCCCUCUCGCAGGACGUAGGGCUGCUGGAGCCCUCCCUCCUCUGGCAGAGCUGUGCCCCUUUUGUCUGCCUGGGGUGCUGUAGGGUGCUCAAGGCUGGCAGCCUCAGCCCUGUGAAUAAACUUUGGUUAGCUGUAACUUAUUUAUAAAAGACACCGACCCCGGCCAGCUCUCUGCCCUGCCUCUCUUUCCCGUGGUGGCCAGCAGGGGCUGAUGCUGUCUAUCCAUCCUGACUGCGUGGAUCUCAGGCUCCGGAGCUGCUCGUCUGCUCUUUCCAAGGGACGAAUGCUCUCUCCUUUCCCUGUGAUCACCGCCGCUGCUCUCAUUGGGCACCAGGACUGCGUGUAAAUAGUUUGUCAGCCUCGUGCUGCUCUGAGGACCCGCGUUGGGCUGCGGUUUGUCCUGCAUUCGGGGGCACCUGGGGCAGACGCGGCCCUACGGGGAGCAGCUGUCUGCCCUGCCGAGGGCGGUUCCCCCGCUCACCAGCACCGGCAGCUCGGCGUCACCGCACCGUGUGCCACGUGGGGUGGGAAGCGUGCCCCUGCCGUGGGCCUCUGCACUCUUUUUAAUUGCUCUUUAAUAAAAGGAGUUUCCCCCCCAGCUGGGUGCUGCUGCUGCCGGCUCCGUGCCGCGGUUGCCAUGGGGCUGUCGCCGUGGUGAUGGGGACAGCGGUGGGGUCUGUGCUGCGAUGGCAGGGAGCAGCCGGGUCCCAUCCCUGCAUCGGGAGGUCGUGGCGAAGGAGCGCGCCUGUGCGGAGUUGGUGCAGAGCUGGGGGUUGGCACCCGGGGAGCGGCAGCAGGAGAUGUGGGCCGCGUCCUUCGGGGCGCUGCGCUGGAGCCUGGAGGAGGAGCUGCGCCUCGCCAGCAAGGAGCUGAUGGCGAUGCGGCGGGCGGCUCUGGAUCGGCUCCUGCAGGACGAGCGACGGCAGCAGCAGCGGGAGCUGCGGCGAUGCGGGAAGGCGUUCCACGUGGAGCGGCUGUGACCGGCGGGCAGCGGCGUCUCCGGGCAUCAAACGGCGCUGGGCUGGGAAUAAAGCGGCUGAAAUAGA